AUGUGGGCUUUCUACUGUUUUCUUCUAGUGGCCCUAGUUGUUGCCGACUAUCCUCACCGCGUUGCUCGAAAUGAAAGAAGACCUCCUCCUUGCAUGUAUCGAAAGUCGAACGACUCCGGUACCGACCGUGAGCCUUGCGUCUACGAAGACUUUGAUCUUGUUGAUCCGAGCACGCUGCGGCGCGAAAUCUAUAUGUACGUCCUGAUGGACCAUCUUGCAGAACUGCAGCGACAAGCCUACAGCUACCCUGCGAGAAAUCGGGUUGUGGGCGGACCUGCACACAACGAGACAAUAGAGUACAUUGCGGGAGAGCUCGAGGCCCUGAGUGAGUAUUACGAUGUCGAGAGGCACUACUUUGACGGCAAUGUCCGCAUCUCGCAGCACGUCGUGCUGCGGGUGGAUGGCAAGCCGAUGGUCGCCGAGGGGCUUGGCUAUCCCCGACCUCAAGUAGUCAAGGGCCGGCUGGUCCCUGUGACUGCCUGGGGAUGCAACCCCGAGGAUUAUCCGGAUUCAGUCGAAGGCAACAUUGCCCUCGCCGCCAUAGACGGCCUAGAAUGGGGCACAAGCCAGGUGAACCACAAAUCGACGUGUAGCUUCAACCAGAUCAUCGCUGCGGCACUGGUCAAAGGCGCGACGGCCGUCAUCACCGCGGCGAUACCAGAGGAGCGUGCCUCGAAAACCGACAUUCCUGUCCUGCAGAUCUGGCAAAGAGAUGCUUGGGCCCUGCGACUGCAGCUCGAGGAAGACCCCGUCGGGCCCUGGGCAGAGAUCAACGUACACGACUAUCCCAUGAAGCGUGUAGAGAGCUACAACAUCAUCGCCACGACCCGCCACGGCGACCCGGAGAACACGCUCAUGUUAGGCGCCCACACCGACUCGGUCGCCGCGGGCCCGGGGAUCAACGACAAUGGCUCGGGAACGGCGGCGCUGCUCGAGCUCGCCAUCCAGCUCGCGCGCUUCCGCACCAACAGCCGCGUCCGCUUCGCCUUUUGGACGGCCGAGGAGUCGGGCCUCAAGGGCUCUAGGCACUGGAUCGAGAGGUGCACCGAGGAGGAGCUCGACGAGAUACGGGUGUACCUCAACUUUGACAUGAUAGCCUCGCCCAACUUCAAGCUGGGGGCCUACGACGGCGACAACAGCGACUAUUAUAUCCACGCGCCGAAGGGCCAGGCCCGUGCGGGCCCGCGCGGGUCGGAGCAUGCCGAGCAGCUGCUGAACGACUUCUUCUGGUCGCAGGGGUGGAACACGAGCAGUUCACCCUUUGACGGGCGGAGCGACUACGGCCCCUUUAUUGCCAAGGGCGUGCCGUCGGGCGGGACCUUUACGGGCGCCGAAAGGAACAAGACUGAGGCGGAAUGGGUCAUGUUUGGCGGGAGCGCGGGCGAGCCCUACGACCCAAACUACCACCUCGAGGACGACAACAUGGACAAUGUCAACUUUACGGCGUUUGAGAUGAACGUCAACGCCAUUGCGCACGCGCUGGGGACGUACGCGAGGGGGUUCGAGGGCUUCCCGGAGCGGGGGCCUCGGCCGGAGCGCGUCAAGAGAUUUGAUGACGAGGAUGACUCUGUCGAGCUGAAGACGGGGACGGGUUCCCUUUGUGGGGGCCGUGUUAGGACUGGCGUGCAUGAUGGGGUCCUGUACCGUGGUUGA